AUGGCAGAUAGUUGCCCUUCUACAUCCGCCACCGCCUCCUCCUCCUCCUGUGGACGGCCAGCCUCCUGCUCAUUGGCGCUGAUGUAUCAAAUUUCAUGUGGCGUCCGGCGGGCCACCCAAAGUGCCGUAUCUUCCAGCACCUUCUUCUGGGGUGUUGCUGGCGCACUUCUGGCGGCAGAUGGCGCCUACUACACGAUGAUGUGGCUACAGGCGCGUAAUCGGCCUCUACGAGGCGCGCCGCCCGCGGCAUCUGCUGGAGACAUAAUAACCAUCGAGGAAGACGCAUCUUCCGUGCGCUAUUAUUGGGACCAGCUGCGUGACGCCAUUCUUAACGCCCCAAGUUUGACGUUGACAGACGGAGGCGGGCGUAUCGCCUUACCCAUAGGCGCAGAUGGCAUCGCAGACGGCGCCCUUCCUGACGCUCUGCAGAUUAUAUGGAAGGACCACGUGAGGUACGCGUUGGACGAGCGUGAGGUUCUUUGCUUGCUGCAGCGUGCAGUAAGAGAGUCCACCCUGACGUCUGAGGACGAUCUUCUUGCUGCCGCAGCGUUGGCGUUGCUGUGGCGUCUGCAGCUCACCCGAGCGGUUCACGUGGCAGUGAUGGUAAACGGCGAUGUUGGCCAAUGUAGCGAUGUUCUGGCUGACCUUGACGACCAUUCCACAGUCUUUUACCGGGCGUUUAUUCAUCCACUUGCGGGGUGCUCCGCUGCAUCUUCCUCAGCGGCAAUUGCGAUCUGCUGGUCUUCCCUCUCAGAGGAACUGCGGCGCCUGCGCCGACGGCGAUUUCGGCUGCAGCUACAAAACACGUGGAGUCUGGCCAGGUACCUCUACGCCGGCUGUCGUGAGAAGCUGCUCUCGUGCGCCAUGAUGGGCCUGCUUACUGCCGUUGCUGCACACAGCACAACGACGGGGUUCACAGUGCGGGAGCAGGUUGAGCGGCUGCUGAGCAUUGCCCCAAGUCUUUUUCUGUCUCGUUCGCAGGAUGGCUUUUGGGACGCAUCCUCCCACGCAGUCGGAGGGGUCAUUGUGCGGCUUUUGGCGUUUGAGUGGGCACGCCUUGUCGCCACCGCCGCGGUGAUGCGGGUGACGGAGGAUUAUGUUCGCACUUCCGCUUCGUGUCAUCGCGAUUCAGUGAAGCGGCAGCUGUACGAGGCGCUUGCCCAUACGCCGUUAACGUUCUUCGACACGCGAGAGCAGGAGGAGGUGGAGCAGCUUAUGUACUACGCCAAUGACCUUGAGGGGGUUGAUGUGCAGGUACACAACUACUUUGCACGACUCGUGCGUGCCGUGGCGAUGUUUGCAGCGGCUGCCGCGGCCCUGGACCGACACAGUCGCGUGGUUGUUUUGGCGACGGUGGGGGCAUCCAGCCUGCUUACAGGCGUGCUAACGAUGCUUCGAAGGAGGUGCGUUGUGGGCGUGCAAGACGGGAACGUAGACGCCGAGGAGGAAGAGAAUGGCAACAUGGCAACGGACGGCAUGAUGCUACGGGGGAUGGAGAUCAUUGAACACAUCUACGAACUGCGUCCACACGGGGCGGACACGGCGCUCAUGAGCUGGUGGACGGAGCGCUCCUCACAGGACCGCAAGGGGCCAGAAAUGGUGCGCCGCAUUUUGCGUGUAGUGAUUUCCCUUCAUCGCCUGUGGAACAUUGACGCCCUCAUUUCUCUGACUAAGUGGCUUUUGCCGGCGAUUGUGACCGCCCAGGCAGCGGCAACGUGCCAGGCGCAGGGAGUUCUCAUGGAGGCCAUGCGUGCUGUGCAGGGGCUGCUGGACGAGGCAGUAGAUGCCCAGCGGCUGGGUGAGGUGGUGCUGAGCAAUGCGUAUAAGGCAAAUACGCUGGAGCGAAUUAUCGACCCCAGGCACUGGGAAAGGGAAGAGCGCCUGGAAGGAAGUUUCGGCGCUGCCGCCACGACUAGAAUAGAUGGUGAAGUUAGCCAGGCUGCGUCGUGCGAGCACGCGAACGGGAAGGGGGAGGCUCUGCUGAGCGAGGACGUGGAGGUUGAAGUUCACCGCAUCCGAGCCGAUGGCCUGCAGUUUCAGUACCCAGCCGCUCCCACCGUCAAUGCCUUUCUGGCGCCCCUCUCAUUCACGCUGCAGCUGCAGGAUGAUUUGACAGGGGCAGGACUACUGGUCUGCGUCACAGGACCGAGUGGCUGCGGGAAAACAACCCUGCUGCGUCUCCUCCUGGCCUUGUACACAACCGACCCCAACCGCUUGAUGCUGCAGCUGCGACCUCGCCGAGGUGUGACAACGGAGGCGCAGACUAACCACGACCAUGGCGGUGUGCAUGACGGUAAUAGCAUCUGCGACAACGACGGUAUGGGGGAAGGCGGUUGGUUUCCGGUUGCGUCACUUCCACGCAGGCUUCUCCGAGCCACGCUCUUCAGUUACAUGCCACAGAUUGCCACAAUCUUCGCUGGUGCUACGAUUGCCCAAAACAUCACUCUACGGAGCCAGGUCUCGGUUGCAAACCUUUUACUACUUUCGAGGGUGCGGAGUUGUGCGGAGGCGGCAGGGUGCAUGGACUUUAUCGGGCGCCUGCCUCAGGGAUUUCUCACCCCAUUGUCGUUGACGACAGGCUGGGUGACACCGGGGUGUGUGCAGCUGAGCUGCGGGCAAGGACAGCGGCUGAUGCUGGCCCGGGCCUUGUACCACGGUGGUGGUGUGCUGCUGAUGGAUGAGCCCACCGCUGGACUGGAUGCGGCGUCCAAGAAGGCCGUCAUGGCGCAGCUGAUGACGUUACUGCGGUCCGGGCGACUGCGCGGGGCACUCUGCAUAACACACGACGCGGAGGUCCUGCAGCAGGCCGACCAGAUUAUCCGACUCUAA